GAUGUACCUGCAGAUAUGGUUGCAGAAGAAUCGGGUCCUGGUGCACAAAAUAGUCCAUACCAACUUCGCAGAAAAACUCUUUUACCUAAAAGAACAGCUUGUCCUGCAAAGAGCAAUAUGGAGGGUGCUUCUACUUCAGCUACAGAAAACUUCGGCCAUCGAGCAAAACGUGCUAGGGUAUCUGGAAAAUUACAGGAUUUAUCAGCAGCACCUGCAGAACAGUAUCUUCAAGAAAAAUUACCUGAUGAAGUGGUUCUGAAAAUCUUUUCAUACUUGCUGGAGCAAGAUCUUUGUAGAGCAGCGUGUGUAUGUAAACGCUUCAGUGAGCUAGCUAAUGAUCCAAUUUUGUGGAAGCGAUUAUACAUGGAAGUAUUUGAAUAUACACGUCCAAUGAUGCAUCCUGAACCUGGUAAAUUUUAUCAAAUAAAUCCAGAAGAAUAUGAACAUCCAAAUCCAUGGAAAGAAAGCUUUCAGCAACUGUAUAAAGGAGCACAUGUAAAGCCAGGAUUUGCUGAAUAUUUCUACAGCAACCCAGCAAGAUACAAAGGAAGAGAAAACAUGCUGUAUUAUGACACCAUUGAAGAUGCAUUAGGUGGUGUACAAGAAGCUCACUUUGAUGGACUUAUCUUUGUUCACUCGGGCAUAUACACAGAUGAAUGGAUAUACAUUGAAUCUCCUAUAACGAUGAUUGGUGCAGCUCCUGGGAAAGUAGCAGAUAAAGUUAUUAUUGAAAACACAAGAGAUUCAACCUUUGUCUUCAUGGAGGGAUCAGAGGAUGCUUAUGUUGGUUAUAUGACAAUCAGGUUUAACCCUGAUGACAAAUCUGCACAACACCACAAUGCGCACCAUUGCUUAGAGAUUACAGUCAACUGCAGUCCAAUAAUAGAUCAUUGUAUUAUUCGAAGUACUUGUACAGUUGGUUCUGCAGUUUGUGUUAGUGGGCAAGGGGCUUGUCCCACUAUCAAGCAUUGUAACAUAAGUGACUGUGAAAAUGUUGGACUCUACAUCACAGAUCAUGCACAGGGGAUAUAUGAGGAUAAUGAGAUUUCUAAUAAUGCAUUAGCUGGGAUUUGGGUUAAAAACCACGGAAACCCUAUUAUAAGACGAAAUCACAUUCAUCACGGGCGAGAUGUUGGUGUUUUCACAUUUGACCAUGGCAUGGGUUAUUUUGAAAGUUGCAACAUACAUAGAAAUAGAAUAGCUGGUUUUGAAGUGAAAGCAUAUGCAAAUCCUACUGUAGUUCGUUGUGAAAUCCACCAUGGGCAAACUGGAGGAAUCUAUGUUCAUGAAAAAGGAAGAGGACAAUUUAUAGAAAAUAAAAUCUAUGCAAACAAUUUUGCUGGUGUAUGGAUUACUUCAAAUAGUGAUCCAACCAUAAGGGGCAAUGCAAUUUUUAAUGGAAAUCAAGGUGGAGUCUACAUAUUUGGUGAUGGAAGAGGUCUUAUUGAAGGAAAUGACAUUUAUGGGAAUGCAUUAGCAGGAAUACAAAUUCGAACUAACAGCUGUCCUAUUGUUCGGCACAAUAAGAUUCACGAUGGCCAACAUGGUGGUAUAUAUGUGCAUGAAAAAGGUCAAGGUGUGAUUGAAGAAAAUGAAGUUUACAGUAAUACCUUGGCUGGAGUCUGGGUUACAACAGGAAGCACUCCAGUUUUAAGAAGAAAUAGAAUACAUAGUGGUAAACAGGUUGGUGUUUAUUUCUAUGACAAUGGGCAUGGAGUAUUAGAAGACAAUGAUAUCUAUAACCAUAUGUACUCAGGAGUUCAAAUCAGAACUGGAAGUAACCCCAAAAUUAGGCGCAACAAGAUUUGGGGAGGCCAGAAUGGUGGAAUUCUUGUUUAUAAUUCGGGGCUUGGUUUUAUAGAAGACAAUGAAAUUUUUGACAAUGCAAUGGCUGGAGUAUGGAUUAAGACCGAUAGUAAUCCUACAUUAAGAAGAAACAAAAUCCACGAUGGCAGAGAUGGGGGAAUCUGCAUAUUUAAUGGAGGCAGAGGCCUUCUUGAAGAAAAUGAUAUCUUCAGGAAUGCACAAGCUGGAGUUCUUAUCAGCACAAAUAGUCAUCCUGUGUUACGGAAAAAUAGAAUAUUUGAUGGAUUUGCGGCAGGUAUUGAAAUAACAAAUCAUGCAACUGCAACUUUAGAAGGCAAUCAGAUUUUCAAUAAUCGUUUUGGAGGUUUAUUUCUAGCCUCUGGGGUCAAUGUGACAAUGAAAGAUAAUAAAAUAAUGAACAAUCAAGAUGCCAUUGAAAAAGCUGUUAGUAGAGGCCAGUGUCUAUAUAAAAUAUCAAGUUACACCAGCUAUCCGAUGCAUGAUUUCUACAGAUGUCAUACAUGUAAUACCACAGAUCGCAAUGCUAUAUGUGUAAAUUGUAUUAAGAAGUGCCAUCAAGGACAUGAUGUUGAAUUUAUUAGACACGAUAGGUUUUUUUGCGACUGUGGUGCUGGAACACUGUCCAAUCCCUGUACACUAGCUGGAGAACCGACACAUGAUACAGAUACACUAUAUGACUCUGCUCCUCCUAUAGAAUCUAAUACACUGCAGCACAAUUGAGUUACUUUUGAGGGGAAAAAAAGUCCUGCCAUUCUAUUGUAACUGUUAUUUUGUUUUUUGUUUUUUUUUGAGGAAGUUAUACUUGCCCAUUCUGCAGAGACUUUAAAAUGGAUAAUAAAUGGUGACACUAUGGAGCUCAACCUACCAAAAAGAAAGUGGCAAUAUGUUGACUCAGGAUAACAGAACUGGGCGUUUCAGCAUUACUGUGUAAAGACUAAGGGACAGGUGUGAAGAAAGUAAGCCGCGUAUUUGUACAGAUGGCAACUUCCAAAAGGCUGGUGUUUCUACAAGUAGCAUUGAAACGCAGUCCCAUUUGCAGUAGUCCUAUUCUAUAGACGAGCAGCAGUCUUUGUUGCUGCCUUUAUGGACAUGGGUACCAAUUGCUUUUUGUAAUAUGGUAAAAAUGUGAGCUAGCACUUCCGCAUUUAUUUUGGUUUUUUAACAUUUAUUCAGAUUGAGAUGAUUUUAAUGCUUUAAUCUCAUGUAGUUUUUAAUUUCAAGCAAAUCUUUAUUGUACUUGAAUGUGUCCUGUUUUGUUAGCACACCUAGACUUGCUGUAACUGUACUCAUGUCCCAGUAUGUAUGUUCUUUCUAUGAAAGAGAACACUAAUCUUAAAUUAUAUCCAGCAA